CGCAGUCAACACUGGUCAACCUUAUUCUAACAAAGUUUGAGGGAACAGACUAAUUCCUUUGUUAUAAUAACCCAAGACUUUGUCAUAACAGGAGUGGGAAAAGAAAGAAAACAGGGGAUCAGGCCCACACACAGGACUCCAUACUCUUUGGAAGCAUAGACCAUGUCUAAAUUAAUUGGUUGCAAAGUUAUGCACGAGCCCAUGGUUAAGCUGCCACUUACAUGUAUUUAUGUAAACUUUAUGUAAAAAAUUUCCCUCGGUCGCAGACUCGAAUCAAUAGAUACUGAACAUUGGUGAUGCUUCGAAAUCAAUGAAACAGAAUCAAAGAUCUGUUAAUUUUUAACUGUGACCACCUGACAACAAUUAAGAAAUUCAAGCCUUGAGUACUGUCUGCUGUUGAGUUGCCAACCACAAAGUGGUUCUCUUAAAGGUCAAUUACUGAGUAAUUUAGUGCAUCGCUUGGCCUCCAGAUAUCUGCAAAUGAUAAUAAUCUUCAGCAGUUAACCAGUGCCGUGCACAUGAGUUUGCAGUACCAAAGCAAAUUUGUUCUCUAAUUUGGAGGAAAAAAGAAAACAUGCGAUGAGGGGAGGUUUUAGCAUUCAGCACGUUAUCGUAGAUCAACACGCCUUGUGUUGGUCAAUUUAAUUCUUUUGCAUCCCUGUCUCUGGGGCCAAGUGUUUGGAGUCAGGUGUGCAUGUAAGUCCGUUUGAAACUCUCAUUCGGCAGUGGAGACCUGGUGUCAGGCGUGUGCAUGUCAUUAGUAACUUAUACUGUAACAUUGAGCUUCAGUGCUGUAUGCAGACCAGUCCUCUCACAUCUGAUUUUGGUAUGGAUAAGGGCCGACGCAAGAAGCGUCGAGAGCUGACGGAGGAGCAGAAACAAGAAAUCAAGGAGGCCUUUGACCUGUUUGACACCGACAAGGACAGAGCCAUUGAUUACCAUGAACUUAAGGUAGCAAUGAGAGCCCUGGGAUUUGACGUGAAGAAGGCGGAUGUGUUGAAAGUGCUUCGAGACUAUGACAAGGACAACAGUGGCAAGAUCUUCUUUGAUGACUUCAAUGAAGUCAUGACCGACUGGAUGUUGGACAGGGACCCCCACGAGGAAAUCCUGAAGGCCUUCCGCUUAUUUGACGACGACGACUCGGGCAAGAUCAGCCUGCGCAACCUGAGGCGGGUCGCCCGGGAGCUCGGGGAGAACAUGACGGAAGAGGAGCUGCGGGCCAUGAUUGAUGAGUUUGACAAAGAUGGGGAUGGCGAAAUUAAUGAGGAAGAAUUUGUUGCCAUCAUGACAGGAGAUACAUGAAGAAUGUGCUUCCCUCGUCCCUUGUACAUAAGAUUUGGACCAACAGUCAUUUGUACAGGACUUCGGUCCACUCUGCCAACUCCGCUUGUAGAUAUCUUCCAGAGCGACAUUUAGCAUCAGUGCGGCAGAAGGCCCAGAGCAGUCACAUUCUGUUUGCCGUGUGCCCACGCCCGUAAUCCUUCGCAUCACUGCCACUUUUUACGCAGUCGUUCUGUGCUGCUCCAUGACUGGGCUCAUCUAUUUUUAUCAGAGUUUGAACUUUGUAGGUGAAGAAUUAUAUCCCGUGUAGAAGUAAAUGUGUUGAAGAAUUUGGCAGGGACUAGUGUAGCCAUGUCAUAAGGUAUGUGCAGGAAUUAAGUUGCGUUCUCUACAUUAAAGUCAAUAAGCUUGGUCUUGUUCCCUGAAUCAGCUCUCACCUUGCUAGUUGCAAACUGGGUGUUUUUAUCAUCUGUAAGGGUUGUGUCUGUUACCCAUUGGUUUCAGCACUGCAGUUAUUCACCCCACAAUAAAACACAUCUACACUGUACUGAUUCACACAGGGGCCUACCUAGGGUGGACAUUUUUUUCUUUGCCUGUGGAUAGCCAGUUAAGGUCGGAUUUUCUCACCCGAAAAAGCCGCUCGGGGUGGGUUUUUUUACCCGCAAAUUCUUCAACCUUGCAAUUGCACUUUGACCCAACCAAGUACGGCGUCUUAAUACGUCAACCACAGAAAUGAAUACAUAAUUCUUUAACGAGUGUACACGUCUUCCGUUGAACAAAUUAGGAAAAUUAUGUGAGUUUACACGUCAUCCGGUGUCAAGUGGUGAAGAAAACGCUGUGAUGAAUGCUUAAUUUGCCUCUCACAACUCCUUCAUGCUGGAUUUUGGAUGACGAUUUCCCAAACUGUUUCUUCAUGUGCCUCGGAUAAUCCCGACAGGGGUGUGAGUGGCCAACAGCUAGCAGAAAGUUGAAAGUUCCAAUACUUUUGUAUAGACCAGGUGUACAAAAAAGCUGAAAGUCAGGGUCAACAUCUAAACAAAAACUUAAAUCAGCUAAGCGGCUGAAUUCUCACACCCCUGAUCCAAAUGCCUCUGAAACUGUUUUCAGAAGGGGGAAACAUUCUGUGGGUGUGUACAAGUCCACACAAUGUCUCACCCGACUUCUGGUGUUGGCACAUUAGUUAUAUUCCGCUUAUGCACCAAACUACAUGCCCAGCACUGAGGCAGUACGGGAGUAAAUGGGUGGUUUGAGGCAGUACAGCCUCUAGAAAUGUAAGAAAACGAUAGACUACAAGUGAAAAAUCAUCGUCAUCUGUAUCAAACGGGUGCCAUAAUUUCUUUUACUUUUCUGUGUAAAAACAAAUAAGAGAUCUAUAACCAGUCCGAUCUGUACAAAUUCCAAUUGCAGUGGAAAAGUUUGAACAAUUACACCGGAGCAUUCAUGCUAAUCAGGGCCGUGUUAACCAAGAAGGUACCCUUCAAUAAUUAGUGAAAUUUAAAAACCCAUGUAACUACAUUGGUUGCAUCUUGACACACAAAAAAUUGACCAACAAUUUUCAAAGGUCAGUUUCUUUGAAAAGUCAAGUGCCUCACUUUAUUUGAACAUUGAAUCAAGCAUUUUAUUGAAAUUAGAUUUUGAAUUUUUGGAUACAAUCCAUAUCAUUCUCAGCAACUGUUCACUGAGAAGCACGACUGAGUGACUGUUGCACAAGGUCAUGUUAUUCAUUUAAUUUUCCAAACUUUGUAAAUUGAUUAAAAAAAAUGUUCAUACAUGAUCAACAUA